GGCAGGUACGGAAACUAAAUUUCCAAAUUAGAGAAUUUAAUCUAUUCAUAUAGUUCGCUGUUCACUAUUAAUCUAUGCUGUUCACUGUUGGAAGUUUCACGUAGGUGCGCUCACCUAUUCGCUAAUUAAUAAUAUAAGAAAUAGCGUUGUAGUUUUAAAUUUUUUAUUACAAGUGCAUUGCGGACUGCAGUAGAAGCUAGAUUGAUUAGAGAAAUAAAAUAAAAAUAAAUAUGUCGAAAAUCAAGGCAGGACCAGUUGUCGACGUAUUGGGAGAUGAGAUGACAAGAAUAAUUUGGGAUUUAAUCAAAAAUAAGCUAAUUCUCCCAUUUUUGGAUAUUGAACUUCACACCUAUGAUUUAGGUAUCGAGUACAGAGAUCAAACUGAUGACCAAGUCACAGUAGACUGCGCGAACGCUAUUAAGAAGUACAAUGUCGGUAUUAAAUGCGCAACUAUUACUCCAGAUGAAAACAGAGUUGUGGAAUUCAAUCUGAAGAAAAUGUGGAAGAGCCCCAAUGGAACUAUCCGUAACAUUCUUGGCGGUACUGUCUUCAGGGAAGCUAUAAUUUGCAAAAAUAUCCCUCGUCUUGUUACUGGGUGGGAAAAGCCUAUUAUUAUUGGUCGCCACGCUCACGCUGAUCAAUAUAAAGCAACUGACUUUGUUGUUCCUGGUGAAGGCAAACUUGAACUAAUAUUCACCCCUCCAUCUGGAUCACCUAUCAAGCAUGUUGUGAAUGAAUUCAAAGGUGCUGGUGUAGCUAUUGGAAUGUUUAACACUGAUGCAUCAAUCAUUGACUUUGCCCAUUCAUCAUUCAAGUUUGCUCUGGAAAGGAAAUAUCCACUCUACUUGAGCACCAAAAACACUAUUCUCAAGAAGUAUGAUGGCCGUUUCAAGGAUAUUUUCCAAGAAAUAUAUGAAAAUGAAUACAAAUCAAAGUAUGAAGCAGCUGGUAUUUGGUAUGAACAUAGGCUGAUCGAUGACAUGGUUGCUUAUGCCAUGAAAUCUGAGGGAGGAUUUGUCUGGGCUUGCAAAAACUAUGAUGGUGAUGUUCAGUCAGAUUCUGUUGCACAGGGCUAUGGUUCUCUUGGACUCAUGACUUCGGUACUUCUAUGUCCUGAUGGCAAAACUGUAGAGGCUGAAGCUGCCCAUGGAACAGUUACUAGACAUUACCGAUUCUACCAACAGGGUAAGGAGACAUCGACCAAUCCUAUUGCUUCCAUUUUCGCUUGGACUCGGGGACUUUUACACCGUGCCAAGUUAGACAAUAACGCUGAAUUGAAAAACUUCGCUGAAACGCUAGAGAGUGUCUGCAUUGAUACGAUCGAGUCUGGUGUAAUGACGAAAGAUCUCGCCAUAUGUAUAAAGGGCAUGAACAAUGUGAAGAGGUCAGACUAUUAUGAAACAUUUGAGUUUAUGGACAAGCUGGCCGAGAAUUUAACCAAAAGACUCGGAAAGUGACUAUAUAAGCGGAAACACAUUAGUUGCAUUUGAUCUUUAUAUAGAAUAUAAUUUUAAUGAAUUUAUAUUGGGAUUUUAUGGUAUUUUGUCUUUGAUAGCAUUUAUUUAUUGAUUGACAUUAAUAUAUUUGAGUAAAUGAUUUUUUAUAUUAAUUAUAA